AUGUGCCUGUGGCAUAUCUUGGUAGAGUGGGUCAUUGAAAACCACCCUGUCACCAAGGAUGGUUGCCUUCCACAUUUCCCACCCAACCACCAUGUCCUCAUUGAACAGUUCAUUGAAGGCAGGACUGUUCCAGAAACGCAAUCGUAUUUGCAACAAUGCGGUACCUUCAACCACAAGCUCGCAGCGGUUAGAGAGUUGGUUGGUCUUUAUGGGAAUGAACACGCCCCCAACGGCAGAAAAGCCCUUUCUUCCAAUGCGACUACAAAGAUCGUCGAUCACCGAGCAACUGGGCAGACGGGCGAGAACCGCUGGGAUACUAGAUCUUUCAUGUUCGUUCGGGAGAAGGAUGCGGAAAAUGCCAGUGGAUUGGUUAAUAAUGGGACUUCAUCAAUACUCAUCUAUGAACAUCUUGGCAACCCGCAAGCCCGCCCUGUGGACGCCGGACUUUUGAGAUCAUUCUAUGAGGACACUCAUCUGAUGCAAGUCAAGACGGUUCCUCGCCUCUACCUCGAAUACUGUGGGUGCAAGAAGAGCGAAUUUCAGUCAGGUUACUCAUAUUCAAAGAAAAAGGAGGCCAGGUCUCUCGUCACGCAGAUAAUGAAAUCAGGUGUGGCCAUGCUGGUGGACAAGGAAGAUUACUCGGAUUCAGAAGUGACAAAUUUCGUGAAGGAUAACCAUUGGCACAUCAGCGUAAAGGUGGUCCAAGGAAGGAUGGACCCGGAUGCAACAUUCACUACGUUGCCACACACAAUUUGCCAUCACAGCCUUUCCAAGAACGAUACAACAAGAAAGGCAUUCUUUGCGAAAGUACCUCUCCAUCCCAGUGGUUUGUGGAGCCACUACUACAUGGAUGCACACGAUACAAAGGGUACUGUUGCUUUCAUAUCAUAUGGAAUGGCAAUGAUUGCACCGGCUUCUGUCACUCAAGUGGUGGACCAUCGCACACAUGUGGAGGGAAAUCCAUUCCUACUAUUCACCAUCGUCCCCUUGGAGAGAAACAAAGUUGAUACACUCGAAAAGCUGCAAGAAAUGAGCGAAUUUAUUGAUAAGAGACUUGUUCGUAACUACCCCCACCUUCGACGUACCACCGACAAGCUUCAGAGGGAAAAGACUAAUGCAGAGCGAAGAUAA